AUGCAUGAAUGUGGAAGUUUUGUGGCAUCGCGUUCGAGACGUGAGAAUAAGUCUAGAAGAGGCCAGCAAGCGGCACUGGAACGUCUGAAAAAGGCCAAAGCUGGUGAAAAAAUAAAAUAUGAGGUUGAGGAGUUUGCAGGUGUUUAUGAUGAAAUAGAUGAGGAAGAAUACUCCAAGAUGGUCAGAGAACGUCAGGAUGAUGACUGGAUUGUUGAUGAUGAUGGAGUGGGUUAUAUAGAAGAUGGAAGGGAAAUCUUUGAUGAAGAUCUGGAUGAUGAUGCUCUUGGUUCCAGUAAGAAAGGAAAAGGUGUCAAAACUUCUAUGGCUAAUAAAAAGAAUGUGAAAAAAUCUGUGGUGUCAAAGCCAAACACAAUUAAGUCUAUGUUUAUGGCCAGCGCUGGGAAGAAAAACACAGAUAAAACUGUGGACCUGUCAAAGGAUGAUUUACUAGGGGAUAUUCUCCAAGAUCUUAAUGCUGAAACUGUUCAGAUAAGUCCACCACCAAUUAUCAUGCUGAAAAGGAAAAGAUCUGCUGGACUACCACUGAAUCCUUUCUCUGUACAGUCCCAAACUUCAAAGGUAAUCACCCCUGUAUCAAAGAAAGCUCCUGAUCAUCUCAGAAAGGAAACUCUUCCUCCAGCUGCAUUUCAUCCUAAACAUCCCAAUUACACAGCAAAAUCUGUCAUAGUCUCUGAAAAAGAGGAUACUAAGUCUCUGCAAAAAGCUACUGAAAAUGGGGGAAUAGUGAAGACAAUAGAAGAGAAAGUUACUGAAGAUAUCUCAUGUUGGGACAGAACUGAUGAGGAUGAAGAUGUAGUGGUGACAGAGGUUCAGCUGGACCCUGAUCUCCUUCCACUUGUGAAUGGGGAAAACGAUGAGCAAGUGUUAAGGUUUUAUUGGCUGGAUGCUUAUGAAGAUCAGUACAGUCAGCCAG